AUGGCGUCCUUACAAGGCUCGCUCCUCUCAAUCUCCGCAAUCCACUCGAGUCACCAAUGCUCGUCUCAGUUUUUCUCUACCCCAGCCACAGGUACUCCACUUGUCUCCCUCGCUAGAUCGCCGGGGUCUCAUCGGAAAUUGUACGUUUUCCGGAGCAUUGGCAGGAAGUCCUUCUUCAGAGCAAUGGUGCAGCUGGCCGUACAGGGAACUCCGGCAGCUUACGCUAAGGAAAUGGAGAGGCUUUCCGCUAAAGAAUCCCUUCUUCUCGCUUUUAAAGAUUCUGGUGGUUUUGAGGGUUUAGUAACUGGUAAGACAACGGAUAUACAGCGCAUCGAUGUGAAUGAGAGGAUAACUGGCUUGGAGCGGCUCAAUCCGACGCCCAGACCAACUACAUCGCCCUUUCUAGAAGGUAGAUGGAAUUUUGAGUGGUUUGGGUCUGGAAGUCCUGGAUUAUCCGCUGCUAAAUUUAUAUUUGAGAGAUUUCCUUCAUCUUUGGCUAAUUUGUCAAAAAUGGAUGUGACGAUCAAGGAAGGAUAUGCAAAGAUUACAGUGAACAUGACAUUACUUAACUCGAUAGAAAGCAAAUUUAUUCUAUCCACCAGGUUAUCCAUGGAGGGACCGCUUCGUAUGAAAGAGGAAUAUGUUGAAGGGAUCCUGGAAUCUCCGACAGUUAUUGAAGAAACAGUACCAGAACAGCUAAGAGGUGCUUUUGGUCGGGCAGUUAAUACGAUGCAACAACUGCCAAUUCCUAUUCGAGAUGUUGUUGCCACAGGGCUAACAAUUCCUCUUAGUGGAUCUUUCCAGAGACUAUUUAUGAUUUCUUAUCUUGAUGAUGAAAUACUUAUAAUAAGGGAUACAGCUGGAGUGCCUGAAGUUUUAACGAGAUUGGACGCGCCCCCGUCUCCCUUGGCAGAAUCCGUUACGGAGUAUGAGAGUUAGGAAUUUGUACAUGUAUGAAAACUGAAAAAUUCCCUCUACUUCAAUCACCCUAUAAGAGUUUAGAAUUACAUUCUUCUAUAUAUAUCUCUCUCUCUCUCUCUCUCUCUCUCUCUGAGCUGCUUCGAACAUUCUAGUACUGCCAGCUUGUAAAUGUGAACGAACUUGCUUGUGUGGGGUGUGAACUAGCUUGACUAAAGGGUGCCGUGCUGCUUUGACAAAAAUAAUGUUUGCAGCCACACCAUGCAGUUGACGGGGGUUACCCACCUCAACCCGUAAGACAAAUUGCUCUACUUUGGCAAUUUAAUACUUGUUUGUUCCUUUU